CUCUCCAAUCAGGCCGUCCUUCAACGCGUUCACGCACGGACUUAUCGCUUAUUUGCUCUUAACCACUAUAUAUAACCCUUCGUCUCCUCCAUCCCCUUCCAACAGGUGCAGAACAGCCAUUCCCAAUCCCUUGUUCUCUGCAUCUGUCUCAUCAAUCCGUUCUCCCCCUGAAAAUCCAUUCCCGGAAAACACCCCCAAAGAAAACACCAAAAACCCAUCUGAUUAUUAUUAUUAUCUCUUUAUAUAUACAUAUAUUAUAGAUUAUAUAUAGUUUGCUUGUCUGAGGAUGCCGUCAUUGGAGGAGGAGCUGUUUCCGUCAACGCCGGGUAAGUUUAAGGGGGACAGAGCGCACGCAAUUCACCGGCAGUUCCACCGAUGUUUCGCGUCGACGAGUACGAUGUUUCUCUGGGCGCUAUUCCUGAUAGCCUUGACGGCGUCGUAUCUGAGCUUCCAGAGCUUCGUGGAUUCCGGCAGCCGGUACUUGUCCGCCUCGUGGGGUGGGCUCCAGUGGGAGAAGCAGGUGCGUAGCUCCGCCCAGAUCCACCGCUCCGGCGGCCUCUCCAUCCUCGUCACCGGCGCCGCCGGAUUCGUCGGCACCCACGUGUCGCUCGCCCUGAAGAAGCGUGGAGACGGCGUCGUCGGCCUCGACAACUUCAACAACUACUACGACCCGUCUUUGAAAAAAGCCAGGAAGGCGCUCUUGAGUACUCAUAAUGUGUUCGUCGUGGAGGGUGACGUUAACGACGCGCGCCUUUUAGCGAAGCUCUUCGACGUCGUGGCCUUCACCCACGUCAUGCACUUGGCUGCGCAGGCCGGGGUGCGAUACGCCAUGGAGAACCCGAAUUCGUAUGUCCACAGCAACAUAGCCGGGUUGGUCACUCUCCUCGAGGCUUGCAAAUCCGCCAACCCGCAACCCGCGGUUGUGUGGGCCUCGUCCAGCUCGGUUUACGGGUUGAACGAGAGGGUGCCCUUCUCCGAAUCGGAUCGGACGGAUCAACCCGCUUCGCUUUACGCCGCGACCAAGAAGGCCGGCGAGGAGAUCACCCACACGUACAACCACAUCUAUGGGUUGUCCAUCACGGGGUUGAGAUUCUUCACCGUUUACGGCCCGUGGGGCCGACCCGACAUGGCUUAUUUCUCUUUCACCCGGAACAUCCUCCAGGGGAAGCCCAUAACCGUUUACCGGGGGAAGAACCGGGUCGACUUGGCCCGGGACUUUACUUACAUUGACGACAUUGUGAAGGGGUGCGUCGGGUCGUUGGACACGUCGGGGAAGAGCACGGGUUCGGGUGGGAAGAAGAAUGGACCGGCCCCGUACCGGAUCUUCAAUCUAGGGAACACGUCGCCGGUGACUGUGCCGACUCUGGUGAGCAUUCUGGAGAAGCAUUUAAAGAUGAAAGCGAAGAAGAACAUCGUGGACAUGCCCGGAAACGGCGACGUUCCCUUCACUCACGCGAACAUAAGCUUGGCCCGGAGAGAACUCGGGUACAAACCCACAACCGAUUUGCAAACCGGGUUGAAAAAGUUUGUUCGGUGGUACCUUUCCUAUUACGGCUACAGUCACGGCAAGCCUGUAAAUUAGUUUCCAUUUGGUUACUUUUUUCCGUUUUAGAUUUUCUCGGAUUUUCAUGUUUUCCCGAGAAAAGUGAGAGAAACCGGGAAAGGAAAAUCCAACUAGAAAGAAAAAAAAUAAGAAAAAAACAGAAGAAUUCAUUGUUUACAUGGGGGGAUGGGGUAAGGAAGAAAGACGCUUGUCCUCUUUUUUCAUAUUUCUUUUGUAAAGGGCAACCAAGUUUGUGAUUGUCAACUUUGUUUCAAUUGCAUUUUACCAUCUUAUCCUCUGCC